AAAAAAACUGGAACGGUGCGUUUAGCUUAGAUGAUUAUAGAUCGAUACGUGCCAAACAAACAACUGGGCCACUCAGAACCUCAAGAUUUUGCUUCUUCUUUGGUUGUUUGAUAUCUGUAGGAAAUGAGAGUUCCGCGGAGUCUUGAGGUCUGGAAACUGGGGACUAUCAACUAUCUGGAGGCACUUAAGCUUCAGGAGAAGCUGGUAUCCGAUAGAAAGGUUCAUAAGAUUCCGGAUACUCUCCUGGCCCUGCAGCAUCCGCCGACUUAUACCCUUGGCAAGCGGCGGACUGAUCACAAUCUGUUGAUUCCUGAGUCUGAUCUAAAAGGAAUAGGAGCUGAACUGCACUAUACGCAGAGAGGAGGUGACAUUACAUUUCAUGGUCCGCGCCAGGCCAUCUUGUAUCCCAUUGUUUCGCUUCGGGAUAUUGGGCUUGGGGCUCGGAGAUAUGUGGAGAAGCUUGAGUUGACUAUGAUUGAAUUGGCGUCUCAGUAUGGCGUGAAGGCUUGUCCGGGGCAAGCAGGAGAGACUGGGGUGUGGGUUGGAGAGAGAAAGAUCGGUGCAAUUGGCGUGCGCAUUUCGUAUGGAGUGACGUCUCAUGGGUUGGCAUUCAACAUUGAUCCGGACUUGAACUAUUUCAAGCAUAUUGUGCCGUGCGGUAUUGCUGAUAAAGAAGUUACGUCUUUGAGAAAGGAGACGAACUUGGUGCUUCCUACAGAAGAAGUAGUUCACGACCAGCUGAUUUCUUGCUUUGCAAGAUUGUUUGGUUAUGGUAAUGUUGUGUGGAAGGAUUCUGCUUCUUCAUUAUUGUCAGACAGUGGGGAAAUCAAAUGAGAUAUGUAUUGAUUUUCAAAUGAAUCAACUGAGUAAGCUGCGUGCUCUUUCAUCGGUUUCAUUUGUCAAAUUCCUAUUACUGAUUUGUAUGUUUAUCUCAUCUGUACUAGGGUGAUGCCCUGUUUUCAAUAUUUUUAUGAAUACAAUAAAACAAUCUUU